CGAAGGUAAAAAAAAUCGCAAAACGAUGCAGAGAUGGCUUGCGACGACGGCGAAGAGAUUGCUCCACUGUAGUAAUCUUCCACAAAAAGCUAAACCCAGAACUCAUCUUCCUUCUUCAAGCUUCUACCAUCGCUGGGCACGAGCUUCCUCUAGCGCAAUCAAUCUCCGAGAGAGACUGAGCAGAAACCCAAACGACGCAAUCGAAUUAUUCAACAAAAUGGUCAAAUCUCGUCCCUACCCAUCUAUCAUCUCCUUCACCAAACUCUUAACCUCCCUUGUAAAGCUAAAGCGAUACGACGUCGUCAUCUCCUUAAGCAAAAAGAUGGAAACUUUAAGGAUUCGAAACGAUCUCUACACGUUCAAUGUCCUGAUCAACUGUUUCUGCAGCUGUUAUCAAGUCUCUCUCGCUCUCUCUCUUCUUGGGAAGAUGCUGAAACUCGGGUUUGAGCCGGAUAAGGUCACCCUUGGGUCUCUUGUUAACGGGUUCUGUCUCAGAAACAGAGUCUCUGAAGCUGUGUCCUUUGUUAAAAAGAUGGUUGAGUUAGGGUAUGGAGUUGACAUUGUUGCUUACAACACGAUUAUUGAUAGUAUGUGUAAGACUAAACGAGCUGAUGAAGCUUUGAGUUUCUUCAAUGGGAUUGAAAGGGAAGGUGUUAGUGUUAGGCCUAAUGUUGUUACCUAUACUUCUCUGGUGAAGGGUCUUUGUAACUUAGGUAGAUGGAGCGAUGCGGCGGGGUUGAUGAGUGAUAUGAUCAAGAGAGAGAUCAGUCCUAAUGUGAUUACUUACAGCGCGUUGGUCGAUGCGUUUGUGAAGAACGGGAAGGUUUUGGAGGCUAAGGAGCUUUACGAGGAGAUGAUAAGGAUGUCUAUAUAUCCUGAUAUUGUCACUUACAGUUCGUUGAUCAACGGGCUCUGUAUGCAGGAUCGUGUGGAUGAGGCUAGCGAGAUGUUUGAUUUGAUGGUAAGCAGAGGUUGUUUCCCUGAUGUGGUGAGUUAUAAUACUCUUAUUAAUGGGUUUUGUAAGGCGAAGAGAGUAGAGGAUGGGAUGAGACUCUUCCGGGAGAUGUCUGAAAGAGGAUUGGUUAGCAGUACUGUCACUUACAACACUCUUAUACAAGGCUUUUUCGAAGCGGGGGACGUUGAUAUGGCUCAGGAGGUUUUCAGUCAGAUGGAUUCUCCUGAUAUAUGGACUUAUAACAUUUUGUUAGGUGGGCUUUGUGACAACGGGGAGGUGGAGAAAGCGUUGGUGAUGUUUGAAGAUUUGCAAAAGAGUGAAAUGGAACUAGACAUUGUCACAUAUACUACCGUUAUCAAUGGGAUGUGCAAGGCUGGUAAGGUCGAAGACGCUUGGGGUUUGUUUUGUAGUCUCAGCGUCAAAGGAGUGAAGCCUGAUGUUGUAGCAUACAGUACAAUGAUGUCAGGGUUGUGUAGUAAAGGCCUGCAUUUUGAAAUAGAUGCAUUGUAUUUGAAAAUGCAAGGGGACGGGCUUGUGUUGAAUGAUGGCACGCUAUGUAUUAGAGAUGGUGGUAACAUAACUGUAUCAGCGGAGUUUAUCAAAGAAAUGCUGACGCGUGUAACAUCUGAGGGGUGUGAAAAAGCUGUUUCUCUCUUGUAAUUGUUUACAGUGGUUAGGAUUUGGUCUUGCAAAUUCAUCUACUUUCAGCAGUGAUGGAAUCACUGGCACGCUUCCCUCAACUCCCAAUUAGAGAAUAUGUAUAUGAAGGGUUUUGCUAUCUAUGGCCCUGAUAAGUUUGUUAAAUCAGUCUCCUUCUGAUCUUCGCGCUUGAGUGCAGGUACUCAGAAACAGAGCUUCUGAUUCACGGCCAAUGAGACUCCGCUUACGAGCUGAACUCUUUUUGGCAUCAUUCGCAGUGAGAGAAGAGAGCACACACAGUGAAGAGCGAAGCGACCUUUUUGAAGAAGGAAUCUUAGGAGUUCUGCGGGAUGUAUGUAAAACAGACGUAUUUGGCUAACCGACAUGAAGAAGAAUGAGCAUCACUAAGCUCCUCAAGAUGUCUCUCUAUGUGCAUUAAUUAGAAGGCCAUGAAGUCGUAACAAAAAUCCUUAGGACAAGUCACGGUGUAUUCUCGAUUAAAAAAAAACCAUUAUCGUUUGUUCUUUGCUAAUAAUAAUUGACAUUCACUUG